AUGGCAAAAGCCAUAAUAACGGUUAUUGAGGGUGUAUCCGGGUAUGGGAAAACAUUAGAAAAUUAUGGAGUGCCAGAAACCACCCUCAAUCGUCGUGUGAGGAGGUACAAAGAAAAUACAGAUCUCGAGAUGGACGUUGUUAAAGACCAAUCAGAGUGCACCAUUCGGGAUAACGUGAUACCUCCACAUCAGUUUUGUUUUGAUAAGUCCACAGUGGCCUAUCAAUUAUUUUUCCUUCUUUUGACAGAUAUUCUCAUUAUUUUGGUGAAAAGUGUAAGAAUCCUCCACCUACUGAACAAACGCACCCUAGAGCAGCUGAAGAACACAUGGUGGACGAACAAUCCUGAAAGAAAGCCCUGCGAAAAAGAGGACGACCAGAGUGAAGGAAUCUCCAUUCAGAACAUCGGAGGUGUUUUCAUCGUCAUCUUUGUGGGUAUCGCACUAGCUUGCAUUACCCUGGCUUUCGAAUACUGGUGGUAUCGUCACCGCCCCAAGAAACUGCACCAAAAGCGUAACAUACCAAACAAAUCCUCACGUAUCACUGGACCAAUUAGAUUGACCUUGGAACCAGCAAGGGCCAAUCUCCAAGUUCCUGAUUUUCGCUGUAGAUUCUGAACCAAUUAGAUUUUCUCUCUCUAUUUUUCACUAUAACCUGAUAGAAAGGUUUUUAGUAUUAUUUAUUUAUUUAUUGAGCUUUAUGACUAUGUCCUGGGGUAACAGUCACCUCCUAAAGACAACAUAGGUAUUUUUCAAAGUUUCAACCUAUUAACAGAGACAGAGUAUAAAUUCAGGGAAUUAACAAAAUUAUCAAAUUAUAUUGUGGUAUAAUCGAAUGUGAAUGAGAUUGCUUAGAUUAUCGAUACAUGUGUCGAAAAAGAAUAAUUCAAAUGGAAAGAUAAAAUUAUUGAUUAGGAAAUGACAUGUGGUAAUAGUGAUCACGUCCCAAAGAAUACUGAGAAAUCGGAGAAUCUAAUAAUGUAUUAUCAAUGAAAAAAAUUACUGAAAGAAACAAGAAAGACCAAAAAAACAAAAAUUCCUGACAACAGUCGGUAUGACAGAGUAUGACAGCUAAAACUUAGAGUGAUCUUUGCGAUGUAUACAUGGUGUAGACGAGUCAGCUCUUACAUUUUCCAGCAAGUACUUAAAUGAAAGAGUACAGGCUCGUUUUUAAUGGCUGGCUUGAAUGAAGUGACCGAGAACUGAUCACAGGGGUUACAGAGGCACUCUUGACUUUUAAGAAUCGUAUCCACUCCGCAAGUCAGGUUUUCACAAGUAUAUCUAUUCAGUUCUCUACAAUUGAUCAAAUCUACCAUUCUACCGGUGUCGAGUUAUAAGCAGUCAUAGAAAACUUCAACUAAAAUGAUCCAUGGUACUAAGACGCCAUGGUGAGCUUCUCGAUCUCCUAUUUUUCACUCCCUAUGAAAGCAUACAGGCAAUAUUUUCUCGAGUUUCAUAACCUUUUACUUGACUAUUGUUGUAUGGGGGUUGCGAGUUUAUGAGGCAGCACUUUUCCAUUUUAUUCUGCCCUUUUUUUUAUUUUUGUUUGAAUUCAUUUCGGAGUAGUCUAAAGCACAUUUUGAAAUGAAAAUAUCAUGGUCAUUUCUCAUCCAUGUAGAUAAAACGAUUUUUAAAAAUUUAUGACCGUCGCAUAUUAGGAAUAAACUAUGAUAUUUAUUAUAUAUCUA